CUUGUAAAACGUUGCCGCCCGAAAAGUAAAUAAAUAUGUUACCACGGGAGUGGAGCACGCGGCGCCUGGGGUCAACCUCCCCUCUCGUCCUCCUACAUAAAUUGUAGUCCUAGAUCCUGUCCUGCCACCACAGCACUAGUGUCGUAGUGACCUCGCCAGCAUCGAACCGCGCUGCCCAACCAUAGAUCUACGCAUCGGAGGAUCUGUGUCUUUUUUUUUGUGGCCUUGUCAUUUCAAAAGUACAUGAUUGUUACAGUACCGGUAGUAUGCAAAUACGGGCUUGUGUUGUGUCAAGCAAUACAUUGGGCGGUAUUCCACAGGUGGACUUCGUCUCGACACCGAAACGGUAGCGCUGGUUGAUUGCCAGAGAAGGUUCCCGGAGAAGGUCGAAAGAAGGCUUAGCUUUGAGUGUACCGCGUCACUAUCAUGUCGGACCGUUCAGCUUGAAUGAAGUUCCUUGGUCAGAAUGACCGAGCCCUGAUUGAUUAGCAGCAUUGUUUACAUGCAACUAACUGUUGAUUGAAAAUCCGACUGGAGAGUGAACCCUGGCUGUGCUCGGCGAACAUGCUGACUGGAUUCCGAACAUACGGAUCCCCUGCUCCAGCGGGGUCCGGUGGAGAAAAUGCGGAGCAGACGGUGGUCAGCAACUUGGGCGUGAUAAACCCCCGGCGCUUCAAGACCCUGAAGCGAAACCAAGGAGUGAGCACCGAGGCAGAGAAUGAGCCGUCCAUGAGCCUGCGGCUGGCUCCACAACCAAGCGUUUCUGCUCCUACCGAAUUGCCCGACUAUGAAAGCGAAGUGAACAAACUUGAGGCGGAGAUCGAGGAUGACGAGUGUCCCGAGCUGCUGACAUUUCCCAAGGACGAUAUCCAGGUAACGAGCAUACCUCGGCGAUUACGUACCGAGAAGUCGACUAUACCGCAAGGUGCCCUGGACCAAGCCGAGUCACUAUUCACACGCAAGUGCAUCAAGAGUUAUUCGUCUGAUUGGCAUGUUGUACGUCACAACUACUCCAAGUAUGGCAGCGAUUACGUUAGACUGCAAAGUCCUGGUGCUGCAGCUGGCUUGCCUGAACACACGUACGAAGUUGAUGCUCAAGAAGAUUCUGUUACGGCAGAGGAGCAACGAGAUGUGUUUGAGCAAUCAGGAGACAUGAGUACAGCUGGAAAGAAGGAUGGCGGCAGCACUGUCAUCAAAGAAGGCUGGUUGACCAAGACUCCUUUCUUUGACAGUGGCGGCUUUGCAGCCAUGACCAUGCGGCAAUUCAAGCGCCGGUGGUACGCCAUCAGACAGAACGCGGACAAGAGCUAUAUCAUACUCCAGCACAAGGACGACUCGACGUCCACAGCCAAGCACAUGAUGAGCCUUGACGCCGUCACGGCCCUCAAUGAGGGUGUACUUGAAAAGAGACAUGGUUUCAGGCUGCUUGCAGCCGGACGUGAACACGGUUUCAUUGCUGAUUCCGAGGAGGAUCUGAAGCAAUGGCUGGAAGCGUUGGACACAUGCGUUGCACCAAAUGCCCGACUGAAAGCAAGCACAGUCGACAAGAAGCAGCCAGUUGAGAAAACCCAGGACAAAUCGCCCGAGAAGGCAGCGUCCAGUCCGCGCAUGCGCUGGAAAGCCACCCGCACCAAAGUCAGCGCACUGGACAGAAUUGAUAGUGUCAGAUCUAGCUUGCAGAGCAGUAUGCAUCCGGAGCUACUGAAGUAUGCCAAUGAAACGGACGAUGACAACGAGAAGAAACGACGUGACACGCGCCGCUACAGGAUAUUUGAGCUCUGUCCGGAUCUGAACGUGAAGCUACUACACGAGUCUGACAACAGUCUUGAUUUCCAAGAGGAAGAGUUGCCCAAGGAAUUUCUCGGUCACCUGCGUUUCAUGGUGGAUUGCAAAGAGCUGCGGUUCCGAGUGGCAGACUGGAUGAUGACCAGCCUAGAGUCGACAAAGAGAGGCCACGUGGAGCCAUUUUUCUGCAGCCUGGCUCUGUUUGAUGCCGGACGAGGCAUAAAGAUCUCGGAAGACUUUCACUUUGACAUCAACAGCGAGUACUUGCGAUCGCUGCUGGCCACGGCGCGACGGCAUGGUAGUCCCACGAUGCGUGGCGGCCUACUGCGUAAAAUGACACGACGGCAAAAGAAGCAGCAAGGCUUGGCUGGGGCAGGAGCACCGUCGCAGCUGGCAGCAACAGGAGCAGCUCCGCUCGCCAAGCGUGCUCGCUCCCUGAAUGACAUCACCGAAGGCGGUGACGAUGAGUUUGAUGAGCUCACGGCAGUCACAUCAACGUCAGAGGAGCUGGGGCCCACAGGAGCACAACAGGCUAUCUUCUCUGUGACCUUCCCUAGCAACGAGAUGUUCCUGGUGUUGAGGGUGGAGAAGGUCCUACAGGCUGGAAGCAUAUCGAAUGUUGUGGACCCCUACAUGAAGGCCGCUGAUCCAAAGGUUGUGGAAAGGGUAAAGAGCCAGGCAAAGAUCUUCUGCAAUCGCCUUGGUCAGUACCGGAUGCCAUUUGCUUGGGCAGCAAGGCCUCUUCUGAAGAACGGACAGAUGGACUUUUCUGCAGAGUUUACUCCUUUCUUUCGGCAGGAACGAGAGCGACUAACGGAUGAUGACAUGGUCCGUCUUCUUCAGGACCAUAAGCUUGGCAAGUUGCGACCAACUGUGGUCCCGGCCGAUGUUCUUGAUAUCAGCUUGAAGGAAGCUCCAAAGUCCAUACCAGGUUGUCUGACUUCAUCGCUGGUUCCAGUCAAGCCGUUCUCGGGGACACUGCGUACUCACUCCAUGGGCACUGGGUUGAUCCGCGAGAUCCAAGAAGUGGUGCCACUGCAGGUCUAUGACCCACACCCGCACAACUACAUCAAUCUGUCCUACAGAAACCUGCUCUAUGUGUAUCCUAUCUCAGUCAAACUGGAUCCGCAGAAAGUCAAUACGAGAGCACGCAAUAUCACCUGCUACAUUCACGUGAAGGACACAGAUGAACCUGGCCACACUCCGUUGCAGUGCAUCUAUAACCGGAGUGUUGGAGGACCGAUGAUUCAUCGCACAGAAACAUCUGUGCUGUAUCACAACACCACCCCGACAUUCUAUGAUGAGAUCAAAGUGGAGUUACCAGUGAAUGUUCAUCGCAAGCUGCACCUUCUCUUCACUUUCUGCCACGUCAGCUGCGAGCAGCCCAAGGGUUCGGUGAAGAAGACGGCAACUCCGCCAGAGACGAUUGUCGGAUACUCAUGGUUACCACUGGUGGUUAACUCCAAGCUGGUCACCAGCGAACAGAACCUUUCGAUUUCGUCCAUCUUGCCCAUGAACUACCUCUCGAUACCGUCCUCACCUGAAUCCACCACAGGAACUGGUCCAAGGGCAAGCUCUGGUUCCGUGGUUUCAGCCGCAAAGUGGAUCGAUGGCGGCAAGGCCCUUUUCCGCAUCAACGUCAACUUCUCUUCCACUGUUAUGCCCCGUUCGCCGAGCGUGCAUAUGUUCUUCAAGUUCUGUGAGGGUUACUACCCGCAGACUGCAUCAGCCCAGGAUGAAGUGGAGCUGUGUCGCUUGCUCCGGCUAAUGACUCACCAUGUCGACAUCGGUACACUGGUGAACAACCUGCCGGUUAUUGUUGAUCAGCUCGUCUACCUAGCCGUGAACAACAAGCCUGGUCCUGGUGAUGUACCCAGCCUGGCAAUCAAGGUGAUCAGCUUCAUAGCUGGCAGUGUCAUACAGGCAGACCGAGCGGACCAGCUACGAAUGUACAUCAAGUAUUGCUUUCAGACGGAUCACGCACAGGCAGACAAGCUGAAUGCAGUUCAUUGUCGCAUGAGCAUCUCUCUGAAUGAUCUCCUCAAGAGAGAAAACAGCGUCAUGGAACCGAUGCUUGGGAACCUAUGGUUUCUACUGGACAUCAUCAGCAAGAGUAUGGCACAGUACCUUCACUAUACUGACCAAAUCAAGCGGCCUCGCUUGUCAAGAUUCCCGGAGAAGUUCCUGGACAUCCUGAACGAUCUUAUUCUCAUUGUGAUGGAGAACAUUGUCAAACUGGAUAGCUUCGUCAAACAGACUAAGGCGGCUGUCACCAGCGUUGGCAACUUCUUGAAGGAUUGUUUGUCAGUCAUGGAUCGAGGCCAUGUGUUCAAGAUGGUCAGCACGGCGCUAUCGGUCUUCAAGGCUGGUGACGCUACGACACGCUACAACCUCAAGUUUACGCUGCUAAGGACUCUGUGUUCCCAUGAGCACUUCAUGCCAAUCAACAUGCCAAAAAUGGAUGAAGCGGAGGAUUCCUGUGACUUAACGUUGAGCACGGAAUUCGGCAAGCGACACUUCCUUGUUGCCCUUGUUCUGACAGAGGUUGCGACAUCACUGCGAAACGACCCAAGUGAGAUCAGACGGGGCUGCACUUGGCCUUUUGCAGGACUUGAAUGUAGGCAGAGAAUUGCAGAGCUCUACCGCAGCUUCCUGCUGACCGUGCUGGAAAACACCUCACGCAUCAACAUCAACGCCAUAGCCGAGCUAAUGGUGGCCACAACAUCCACCACAGUGAUGCAAGCCAGCACAUCAGCUUCUUCCCUGGCUGCCAUGGCCUCUUUCCAUGGCUCAGGACCCAGAGAGACAGGCGACUCAUCUGCCGUGUCUUCAGCAUCCAACACAGGAGAGCGGCAAAGCACCUCGUUUGCCCAGCGUCGCAAGUCGUCUGCUUUCUCAGAAGGCCCAAAGGCCGAACUCUCUUCUUCCGUCAGUACUUCUGCAGCAAUGCGGACAGACGCGGAUACAAGGCAGAGCAUGUCACGGACAUCAGCCAGCAGUGUGGUGCCACUGCAAACCGCAAGGCAUGGCAGUGAAGCGGCAGCAGAGGGCAUGGUGGAAAAGAAGGAGAAGGCGAGAAUUCGCAGUCUGACAUUCGUGCCUGCUGUCGGAGAUAUCAGGCCAGCAACCUCCCCAUCACCUGAGGCAGAACUCGCACGACAAUCAACGUCGACAUCUCUCCACCCGAUCGCUGAUCUUCCCGAUAGUGGCACUACCUUCUUCAUGCGCGACAAGCUGAGCUUCAAAGAGACGCGCGCCAUGAUCUCAUGUUUCCUGUUCAUUGUGCGCGACCUGAAGAAAGAUAACCUGGUGCAGUGGUGGCGCCAGUGCUUGGAGCGUGACCGACAGUCACACCUCUGGAAGGAAGGAGAGAGCAGGUCAUUGUCCUCCAGUCUUCUUCACCUUCUUGCCUACUUUGAUGCCCUAAGAACCAGCCUGCAAGUGUUCCAGUAUUCUGGCAAGGUAGCCAUCCUGGCAAAGUCAUCUCGCUUCAACAUGAUGAAGUCGCAACUGGAGCAAACCUACUCGCCAACCAACACAGCACGGCCUGCUUCCGUCAGCCUUUCGUCUGCACUCCGAACAAGGAUAAUUGCCUCAACCACACCGGUUACAACAAGUGGUUCAUCGACUCAAACUCAGGAGUCCAGAGUCAAGCUGGAGGCUAGCAUGGGAACGGAAGUGACACUGGUUGUACUAGACCAGGUGGAGCUCUUCAUCGCAAAGUUUAGGGAAAGGCUGGAAGAAAACACCGGUGAUAAUCCUCUCAUGAAGCGGAUAUUCAGUAUUGUGAUAACACUACUCGAAGUCAACCAGUCACAAGUGUCUUUGAUGCACAUCUUUGCAUCACUGCGUGCCUUCAUUCACAAGUUCUCACCAGCAUUAUUCCAAGGCAGUCAGGAGUACUGCGCGGAGCUCUGCUAUCAGAUCCUGAUGAAAUGCAACUCUUGUGUCCGACCGAUUCGAAUGGAGGCAUGCGUCGUCUUCUACCUCCUGAUGAGAUGCAGUUUUGAAUUCGUCGAGGGAUCGUUCCUGCGCGUUCACCUACAGUCCAUCGUGGCACUCUCUCAGAUUAUUGCUGACGGUCACUUAGCUACAGGUCAGGACUAUCUACGUCGCUCUAUCAACUCCAUUGAGUCAUUUGCAACGAGAGACAAGAGUACGUCUCAACAGUUUCCUACUGAAGUGAAGGACUUGACAGCACGACUCAGAAAUGUCUUACAUGCCACUAAUGAGAUGAAGAAACACAAAGAUGAUGCGGAGGUACUUGUUGAGCAGCAGUACAUCCUGGCUAAGAGCUACAGCAAUGCCGCUCAGCUGCGCCACACCUGGCUGCAGAGCAUGGCAAAGCUGCAUGAGAGCUACGGCAACUUUUCCGAGGCUGCUCACUGCAGUAUUCACGUUGCUGGUAUCAUUGCCGAGUACUUGAAGUUCAAAGGUGAGCAUGCGUCUGGAGCAGGUGACUUUGCAGCCAUCACAUCAAAUGUCACAAAGGAGGAGUGCGCCAUGAAGGAAGAUCUGGUUGAUCCCACCAUCAAUAUCUACACGGAGGAUGACUACAUCAGUGUUCUGGAGGAGGCACUCUUCUGGCUGGAGAAAGCUGAGCGCUAUGAGGUGAUGGUGGACGUGUUCAAGCUACUGCAGCCGUACUACGACAAGAGAAGACAGUAUGAGGCCCUCGCCAGCUCCUUCAGCACCCUGUCUGCGGCGUGUGCAAAGGUCGUGCAGGUAGAGAAGACGAAGAGGCGGCUGCUGGGAACGUACUACCGAGUUGCGUUCUUUGGCGAGUUAUUCGGCAAUGACAACGGCCUGCACUACAUUUACAAGGAGCCCAAGGUCACACCACUGGCGGCUAUCUCAUUGCGCCUCGAGGAGCUCUAUGGCACGAAGUUUGGCACGGAGAACGUCUCCACCAUCAAGGAGUCGAGCAAAGUUGAUGUGGAUGCCCUGGACCUUGACCGUGCAUACAUUCAGAUCACCUUCGUCAAGCCCUACUUCAGCGACAGCGAGCUUGAGACGAGACUGACGCCGUUCGAGCGCAACAACAACCUGCGGCGCUUUGUGUACGAGACACCAUUCACCAAGACGGAGAAGAACCGGGGCGAUGUCCGCGAGCAGUGGAUACACAAGACUAUUCUGACGACGGCUAACACGUUCCCAUAUGUGAAGAAGCGGAUUGCCAUUGUCGAAGAGGAAAACUUCGACUUGACGCCCAUCGAAGUGGCCAUCGAAGCGUUGACUGGGAAGCUGGCUGAACUCAGUGAAGCUCUCCAGCAGUCACCACCCGACAAAGUCAACUUGCAACGAGUCCUGCAAGGUGUGGUCAGUGUCACGGUGAAUGCCGGUCCACUGGCGUUCGGACGUACCUUCUUGACCGAGCCAGAGCUGACCAGCAAUCCGGAGAAUCACAUUACAACGCUGCGGACAGUUUUCAAGGAUCUACUGAAGCAAUGUGAGCUUGGUCUGGAGCUCAACUCGCGCAUCAUACAAAGUGAUCAAGUAUUGUAUCAUGAAGACCUGAUGCGCAAGUUCGACAUUCUGACGCGCGAGCUCGCCGAACUGAUUGAUCCAAAUGCACGGUCAUCAGAGUCCUUUGUGCUUCCGAUAGCCGGAGAGGACGACUGACGCAUCACAGACCAUGUGUAACCCAACCGGUUGUAGCACAGGUAGUGACAUGCUACUACUAUCAGUGGAGUGCAGAACAUUGAGCAAAGUACAAGUAUGUGCGCUCUGGCCUACUGAUGCACGGCCAAUGUGAAUGGCGGAAGAAGGGCCUUCGACACAGCCUGCAGGUCAGCACUGGGCAGUGUCCUGUCAUGGCCAUGCAGUGCAACGCUCUCUGUCUUUGUAUCUCUGUCUCGUUUUCAUUCUUGUUCUCUUCCCUCAACCGGCUAUCGACAACCAUCAAGAUUGAUGUUGAACUUUGAUUGCAAGCUCAAAUACGGCUUGUCUCACAUUAUGGUACAUUUGUGAUCUAUGGAAUGUUCCCUAUAUCAUCUUGAAGAUUUUGUGCAAGAGUGACAUUCACGAUUCAAUAUUCAUCACGUACGACCUCAAAGGUUCGUGUAUAGUAACGUUGUGAGUGAACAGAAUUCCUAAUUUGUGAUUACGACCAUCAUAAUAUUGCCAACUUUGAAAAUGCGACUACCCACAUACCUAGAAACCUGGCUGUUUUGACAGUAGUUGUUGCUGAUCCUUUUUUUAUGACCAUCAAAAACCUGAUACUUGAUACAUGGAAGAAAUAACACGCUAUUAUGUGUCUCUGAUAAUGUACACUACACAUAUCCCCGGCACUGUCACUCACAAUUUAGCUGACGAAUGUGCUGUCUGGCAUGCUGCACUUUGCGCACGCAUAGCAGUACGAGCAUGAACGCUACAUGUUUUGUUCCAUGGCACUUCUAGUCCAGGAUACUGUGUAUGGUGCGCUAUGUAAGUUAGUUACAAAAUCCAUGACCUAGACUUGACGGUACAGUAGGGAGCACUAAAGAAAUACAAGUAGUGCUUUUAGCUAGGCUCCCUGCUGUGCUUUGCAUACAGUAAUGUAUUUACAUGUACUAUGAUAAAACAGAGAUGUUCCAGGCUGUCCAACAGAGUGCUCAAUACCGAAAGGCAGAGCUAGUUCAAACAAUAAAAAGAGGAUGAAAAAGUGUUUAAACUCCGAG